AUUGGAGGUUCUCUUAGACCAUAGGAGGAGUACCAGAAUCAUAAAUGCCACUCCAGAAUGUUUAGUUGACCAAGUAAUUGUACUCAAUCAGGUUGUUGGAGAAGAAUCUCAACUUGUGAUAAAAGUGGUUGUGUCCACCUAGAAAGAGAAAAACAAGUCUCUAAUCUAACAUUCUGCAGGAAAGGAAAGGAGGAGGAGGAGGAGGAAGAAGAAGAAGAAGAAGAAGAAGAAGAAGAAGAUAAUGCCAUCUCUGUUCAUGUCUUGGUCCAUCUUUACAGUUCUGUUAUUUUCACUGUUGUCUUCCACUUCAAGCCUUAAUGAUGCUCCAACCAAAUCCAGACGCGAGGUUAUUACAGCAAAUCAUGGUGUUGUUGCCACUGAUGAUGGCCGAUGUUCCAGAAUUGGUAGGGAUGUCCUUCGGGAAGGAGGUCACGCUGUUGAUGCGUCAGUGGCUGCCGCUCUUUGCUUGGGCGUUGUGAGCCCAGCUUCUAGUGGCAUUGGUGGAGGUGCGUUUAUGCUUGUCAGAUCAACCAGUGGGAAGGUACAAGCCUUUGAUAUGAGAGAAACUGCUCCAAUGCUAGCUUCUCAGAAUAUGUACGCGGGAAAUGCAGCUCUGAAAGCUAGUGGUGCCCUUUCCGUAGCAGUUCCAGGGGAACUUGCAGGCCUUCACAAAGCUUGGAAACAAUAUGGAAAGCUUCCAUGGGAGAGGCUUGUAAGGCCAGCUGAGCAGCUUGCACAGAAGGGAUUCAAAAUAUCACCAUAUCUCCAUAUGCAGAUGGUAAGAACAGAGUCGGGUGUCAUUGCAGACGAGGGACUUCGCCACAUAUUCACGUCAAACGGGACCCUCUUGAAACCAGGCGAUAUCUGCUACAAUAAAAAAUUAGCACAAACACUCAGAGCAGUUUCAAAAUAUGGAUUGAAAGUCUUUUAUAAUGGAACAAUAGGACUCAAUUUGAUUAGAGAUGUCAGGAAAGCAGGAGGGAUACUGACAAUGGAGGACUUGAGGCAGUAUCAAGUUAAACUGAGAAAACCAAUCUUUGCAGACAUUCUGGGGUUCAAAAUACUCGGUUUUCCUCCUCCUUCUUCUGGUGGUGCAGCAAUGGUACUUAUACUGAAUAUUCUUGCUCAAUAUGGAUUUCCUGUGGGUGUUUCUGGCCCCCUCGGGGUCCAUCGAACGAUUGAAGCAUUGAAGCAUGCAUUUGCUGUCAGAAUGAGUCUUGGUGAUCCUGAUUUUGUUAAUAUUAAUGAGGUUUUAUCUGAUAUGCUAUCUCCAAAGUUUGCAGCAGAGUUUAAGAAAACCAUAAAUGAUAAUAUGACUUUCAGUCCAGGUCAUUAUGGUGGCAGGUGGAAUCUGAUCCAUGAUCAUGGCACCAGUCAUCUGUCCAUUGUAGAUAGUGAGAAAAAUGCUGUUUCAAUGACUACCACUGUAAAUGCAUACUUCGGAGCACAAUUUCUGUCACCAAGUACCGGGAUAGUCCUUAACAAUGAAAUGGACGAUUUCUCCAUCCCUGCAAAAGCUUCUGCAGAUGUCCGACCACCAGCACCAGCCAAUUUUAUCCGUCCAUCCAAAAGGCCACUGUCAUCUAUGUCACCCACUAUUGUCCUAAGGGGUGGAAUCCUGAAAGCUGUUAUAGGCGCAAGUGGAGGCAGCAUGAUAAUUGCUGGGACUACAGAGGUAUUCUUGAAUCAUUUUGCCAAGAGAAUGGAUCCAUUCUCUUCUGUCAUGGCUCCAAGAUUCUAUCAUCAGCUGAUUCCAAAUGUGGUACAGUAUGAGAACUGGACAACUGUUAUUGGUGACCACUUCGAACUUCCUGCAGAGACAAGGGCAGCCCUACAAAAGAAGGGCCAUGUCCUACAAAGCCUUGCUGGUGGAACUAUUUGCCAGUUUGUAGUUCAAGACUUGGAGCCUUCAAAAUUGGGGAAACUUAUGGCAGUGAGCGACCCAAGAAAGGGUGGCUUUCCAGCUGGUUUCUGAAUUUCUGGGUUGAUUUUAGAGGAUUAAUUUCUUAUACAUUCAACUGUUUUACGGAUAAAAUUCUCAUUUGUUUUCAUUGACACAAUGCAUGCACUUGGCAGAAUUUGUUUCCCCAUUUGGGUAGAUAUGUAGAAUGCUAAAUUCGUUUUUAGAAUAAAUUUAUGUUAUAUAUUAAAUGAUUUUUUCGAUUACACAA